GGAACCAGCCAGUGCUCGGCGAUCGGAAAAGACGAGAAAGCUGCGGCGAAGCGAAACCGUAUAAAACGUUGCAAACGCGGCUCACGUUCAUCAGUACGACGAAUAUCCGAACCACAGCCGGCAACGGGCGAUCCGACCAUGAAUAAUUCGACUGUAACAUUGAUUCUUUUGUGCGGCGUCUACGGUGCUUUGGCCGGCCGCCGUUACAUCGCCAUACCGGUGGACGGGGUCGACGUGAUCGAGCUGAGUCCGGUCACGCCGAGGAUUGCUCGACAAGCCGGCAGUUACAUACCGAUCGCUAUUCCUAGUAAUCAUCAGGACGACCUGGAGAACCCGCGUCUGGAGAGGUCGGUUACUCCUGUCCUGGAUUACGUGGAUUUUGGCGGAUACACAGGGUCCAACGGGGCUUUCAGCUGGUACGCCGAUUAUCCGGCGCACCAUUGACGCACGUCAUCUAUCGAUCCCGCUGAUGAGCAUUCCGUGACCAACGGACUCGGUGAAUACUUUUAUCGUGUAAAGAAUUGAAGUCGUGAAUUCCGAAACAGCACAAGUACACUUGUUAGCGCUUAUGCAUACGAGAGACGCGGUGUCGCAGCGAUUGUUUUGCAGUAACAGAAAGGAAAGUUUUUUUGUUUCACAAAAAAAGGUAUAAGAGAACUUUUCACAUUUUUGUUCUUCCAAAAUCGCGUUCUUCCAAAUUUUGCGUGCAUAGGCCAUUAGCGUUGUUAAACGAGGAUUAUUCGAAAACAUUCCUAUAUAGUAAGUAACGCUACCGAAUACGGAGACAUUCAACAAGACUUAAAAUCACGCGGCAUUCAACGUGCUAAUAAUAUUUCAAA